AUGACAACUAAUCAAUCCGUAAGCGCAGAAACUACGUGGCAGUGGGAGCAUACCUUAAAGAACAAGAAGACGAUGCCACUUUACACGGAACUCCUCGAGUUCCUCGAAAAACGAGACUGUCACUACACCCAAAAUUGUCAUAUAUUUCGAGCGCAACCAAGGCACGAACGCAUCAGGAUAGUGCGACGAGCGAACCUAUGCACGAAUUGUCUCCGAAGAGAACACACUUCACCCACAUGCCGAGCUGGUUGCGUUGGAUAUGGCAAAAAAUAA